ACCGGUGCGUCAUUCCGCGGAAGGUUUCUGUUAGCGAGCUGCUGGUAGCUUGACUGUGCAAAGACGGCGAGAAGCGAGCGACCGGCGGGGGAGGCACGCGAGGCGAAGGGAAGGACAGAGAAUUUAGGCUGUGUCCCGUAUUUGGAAUAACCGAGGCUAGACUUCAGCUCGCCUCCUGACGUAAAACGAGCUGCUCUGUAACCUUCAGAGAGGAUCCGCAUUCUGACGUCUAACUUGCGGGCUCGCGGGACCGUUGAAGCAACGUUGUCCGUCCCCGUUUGAAAACUGUGAAGAAACUAAAGGGACCUUCGGUUUCGGGACGAAGAACGGGAUUUAAAAAAAAAAACAGUACAAAUCUGCCAGCACUCGGUUGUGAAAAAAGAGGAGGCUGUUUUCCAGUUCGGAUUAAAACCAACCACGUAGCCGAGGACGGUUGACUUCCAGCGGGGCUUCGCGAACAUUGUGCAUGUUAUACGUCAACUCUUGGGGCGAAAAUGACUGCGUUCGGGAAGGGGGAAAAGUAGCGUUCACGUUAGCUCACUCGGCUAGCUAAGUCGCUAGCCUAGCAGGCUGCUAACUAAGCCUGUGUCGCCCUUCCAUUCCUGGAGCAGAGGAGGGGCGCCGGGGCUUUUGAAGCAUUGCAGAUCUGCCUUGCAUCUUUUUUUUGGGGGGGGGAGUUGCUGCAAGAAUGGAUCCCAACUAUCUGCCACAACUCAGGUGGACCCGUUGAGCCGCAUCGACUCGAAUCUUCGUCCACUUGCCCGCACAGGGACGACCACAAGAACCGCCAGCUAACGUUGGGAUUUCAUCUUAAAUACGCCGGCUCCCGGAGUCUGUAAUUGUGACUACUUCCUCUCUUAUGUGCCUUUUGGGAACAAGUAUUAUGAAAUGGGGAAGCGCUACACGUCUUACCCACCUCCUAGAUACGGGAUCUCAAGAGGGAGAUCAUGAAUAAGUCUGGUUUAACGCGGAAUUAGCCCCGGCUUGCCCGUCUGCUUUGAAAGUUUUAUUAUCUCCCAGAUACAUUCAAGGCAGCGGAACUUAUUCACAGGCCCCUCUGCGCCAACUCACGGGCCAGGGAGGUGUUCGCUCACCCCCCACCCCCCCUCCACCACCACUCCACACGCGCAUCAGUCCCACAAACCAACAAGCUGGAAUAAUCAUGUCGGGAGAGGUGCGUUUGAAGAAGCUGGAGAAGCUGAUCCUGGACGGGCCCGUGCAGUCUAAUGGGCAGUGUCUAAGUGUGGAAACGCUGCUGGAUAUCCUGGUGUGCCUCUUCGAUGAGUGCAACAACUCCCCUCUGAGGAGGGAGAAAAAUAUUCUGGAGUUCUUGGACUGGGCAAAGACCUUCACGUCUAAAGUAAAGCAGAUGCGUCUUCACAAGGAGGACUUUGAAAUCCUUAAGGUCAUUGGACGAGGAGCCUUUGGAGAGGUUGCAGUUGUAAAAUUGAAAAACACCGAUAAGGUAUUUGCCAUGAAGAUUCUCAACAAGUGGGAGAUGCUGAAGCGAGCCGAGACGGCAUGCUUUCGGGAGGAGCGCGACGUGUUGGUCAAUGGGAACUGCCAGUGGAUUACCACCCUGCAUUACGCCUUCCAGGACGACAAUAAUCUGUACUUGGUGAUGGACUACUACGUGGGUGGUGAUCUGCUGACACUGCUCAGUAAGUUUGAAGACCGACUCCCCGAGGAGAUGGCCAAGUUCUACUUGGCUGAGAUGGUGCUGGCCAUCGACUCUGUUCACCAACUACAUUACGUGCACAGGGACAUUAAGCCUGACAACAUUCUGUUGGAUAUGAACGGCCACAUCCGCCUGGCUGACUUUGGCUCCUGCCUCAAACUCAUGGAGGACGGGACGGUCCAGUCUUCAGUGGCAGUGGGGACCCCUGACUACAUAUCCCCAGAAAUCCUCCAGGCUAUGGAGGACGGGAAGGGCAAGUAUGGACCUGAGUGCGACUGGUGGUCCCUGGGCGUCUGCAUGUAUGAAAUGCUGUACGGCGAAACCCCCUUCUAUGCAGAGUCCCUUGUGGAAACCUAUGGAAAAAUCAUGAACCACAAGGAGCGAUUUCAGUUCCCACAGCAGAUAUCAGACGUGUCGGAGGAUGCAAAGGAUCUAAUUCGCCGGCUCAUUUGUAGUCGAGAGCAUAGGCUGGGCCAGAAUGGCAUUGAGGACUUCAAGCAGCACCCAUUCUUUGCUGGCAUUAACUGGGAGAACAUCCUCACAUGCGAGGCUCCCUACAUCCCAGAGGUCAGCAGCCCUACAGAUACCUCCAACUUUGAUGUGGAUGACGACUGUCUAAAAAACUCGGAGACUAUGCCCCCUCCCUCUCACACUGCCUUCUCUGGCCACCACCUGCCCUUCGUUGGUUUCACUUAUACAAGUAAAUGUACUAUAUCUGACCGGGGUUGCCUGCGGCAGCUGGCAGGCAAGGCAGUUCAGGACCAGGUGGACCUGGAUGUCCAGCGCACCCUGGAAGACAGCCUGGCCACCGAGGCCUACGAGAGGAGGAUCCGCCGGUUGGAGCAGGAAAAACUCGAGCUGAGCCGCAAACUGCAAGAGUCUACUCAAGCGGUGCAGGCGCUGCAGCAUCCAGCAGGUGAGGGGCCUCUCGGUGCAAACAAGGAGGUGGAGAUAAGGAGUCUGAAGAGUGAGAUAGACAUCCUCAAGAAGCAGAUUGCUGACUCUGGCCAGCUGGAGAAGAAACUAGAAGACGUGUCAUCGACCCGCAAAGACCUGGAGGACUCUUCUAAACAAAUUAAAUCUCUGGAGAAACAGAUCAAGGGUGUCACGCAAGAGAAGGAAGAGCUGCACAAGGAACUUGCCGAUGCGAAUGAGAAACUGAAGUCUCAGUCGAAAGAGCUAAAAGAAGCCCACAGUCAGCGAAAGCUGGCCAUGCAGAAGUUUUCAGAACUCAACGAGACACUCACAGACCUCGAGUCAGUGAAGCAGCGCCUGUUGCGCCAGUUGCGUGAUAAGGAGGAGGAGCUGGAGAACCAGAAUAAGAAGCUUGAGGCUGUCCGCCUUGAGGUGCGAAAGGCUGAGAGAGUCAAGAAGGAGAUGGAGACUCAGGCAGAGGAGCAAGCAGCAGAGGCUCAGAAAGAAAGGAAGCUAAGAGAGUGCAAUGAGCAGUAUAGUCAACAGCUAGAAGAGGAGCUGGAAGGACUUAAGUCGAGGCCGGUUGGUCCCUCUGCCACCCUGACCUCGGCCGACCAGACCCAGGAGGUUAGGCGGCUGCGCGGCGACCUGGAGAAGAAAACGGAGGAGCUGACUCGCAGGGAGACGCAGCAUAUUACCGAGCUGAAGGCCCUGCGCAAAGAGCUGAGGGACGGUGAGAGCCAGCAUCUGGGGCUGCAGAAUGAAAUCCUGAUGCUCAAAGACAAGCUGGAUAAGACUCGCCGCGAGAGCCAAAGAGAACGUGAAGAGUUUGAGACAGAAUACAUACAGAAGUAUGGGAAAGAGCGAGACCAUCUCCUUGAGGAAAAUAAGAAGCUGUCCAGUGAUCUGGAUAAGGUGAACAGCUUGAACCAGCAGCUGGAGGAAGAGAUGAGGGUGCUGGCUGACAGGAAGGAGAGCGUAGCUCACUGGGAGGCACAGAUCACUGAAAUUAUCCAGUGGGUUAGUGAUGAGAAGGAUGCCCGGGGAUACCUGCAGGCUCUGGCCACUAAGAUGACAGAGGAGCUGGAAGGAUUGAGAAACACCAGCCUGGGAGCUAGAGCCACGGACAUGCCGUGGAAAAUGCGCCGCUUUGCAAAGUUGGACAUGUCGGCUCGUCUGGAGCUGCAGUCAGCUCUGGACGCCGAGAUCAGGGCCAAGCAGGGCAUCCAGGAUGAGCUGAAUAAAGUCAAGGCCAACAAUAUCUCCACAGAAUGUAAACUGCAGGAGGUGGACUGUAAAAACCAGGAGCUCCUGGCUGAAAUUGACAGGCUGAAAAAGGAAACCGAAGAGCUACGGCUACGCAGGGGUGUUAAGCACCAGGAUUCACAGAAUUCCUUCUUGGCUUUUCUCAAUGCCCCCACCUCAGCACUUGACCAGUUUGAUGAUUCUUACUCUUCAUCCUCAUCUUCUUUAAUUGAGUUUUGGGAAGAUCGCUCGCCAUCCGUCGGCCCAACUAGCAAAGGCAGACGUGUGGACUCUGUGGAUAACUUCACCCCAUCCGUCACUCCAUCUCGAGAAGACGACCCCAAGUCCCACCUUAAGUCCCGCUCGCGUUCCCCCUCCAUGGCCAGUGAUAUGGAGCCUAUAGAGUUAAUAGACCAUCCUCCUCGUACGGUCCAGACUCCCACCAUGCGUUCAGGAGGUUAUGGCAGUAUAGGACGCUCCUCACCUAAGCCAAAAGCACAUCAGUUUGUGGUGAAGUCUUUCAGCACGCCGACUAAGUGUAACCAGUGCACUUCCCUGAUGGUGGGGCUCAUACGUCAAGGUUGCACCUGUGAAGUGUGUAAUUUCUCCUGCCAUGUAACAUGUGCGGACAAGGCUCCGGCUGUGUGCCCUGUGCCCCAAGACCAGACCAAGGGCCCACUGGGCAUCGACCCUCAGAGGGGGAUCGGUACUGCCUAUGAAGGGCACGUCAGGGUCCCAAAACCAACAGGGGUGAAGAAGGGCUGGCAGAGGGCGAUGGCUGUGGUUUGUGACUUCAAACUGUUCCUCUAUGAACUGGGAGAAGGAAAAGCAACACAACCAAGUGUUGUAGUAAGCCAAGUCAUAGAUAUGAGGGAUGAAGAGUUUUCCGUCAGUCCUGUCUUGGCUUCUGAUGUCAUCCACGCCAGUCGCAAAGACAUCCCCUGCAUAUUCAGAGUGACAGCGUCCCAGCUCUCCCACUCCAGCAGCCACAAGCCCUCCAUCUUGAUCCUGGCCGACAGCGACCAGGAGCGAAACAAGUGGGUGGGCCUCCUCAACGAGCUUCACCGCAUCCUCAAGAAGAACAAGCUCAAGGAGCGCUUUGUCUACGUCCCCAAGGAGGCUUACGAUAGCACCCUGCCACUCAUCAAGACAACACAGUCUGCUGCUAUCAUAGAUCACGAGCGUGUCGCCCUGGGCAAUGAAGAAGGACUUUUUGUUAUUCAUGUCACCAAAGAUGAAAUAAUCCGGGUGGGGGACAACAAGAAGGUGCAUCAAAUCGACCUGAUUCCCCAGGAGCAGCUGCUGGCAGUCAUCUCUGGCAGGAACCGCCACGUCCGCCUCCUCCCCUCGCAGGCCCUCGACGGUCGUGAGACGGAGUCCUACAAGCUGACCGAUACGAAGAACUCCAACAUCAUCGUCUCCGGCCCCAUCCGCAAUGGCUCCCUCACCUGCCUCUGCGUGGCAUUGAAGAGACAAAUCAUAUGCUAUGAGGUUAACAAGAGUAAAGCACGACACCGUCGACUGCGGGACCUGCAGACCCCGGGGAAUGUUCAGUGGAUGGGUCUGCUCAAUGAGCGUCUCUAUGUGGGUUAUCCGUCUGGCUUCAUGCGCUACAGUAUCCAUGGCGACCUGUCCCCAACCAGCCUCCUCCACCAUGAGGACCACACCCUAGCCUUCAUCCCCCAGCAGAACCUAGACGCCCUGUGUGCUGUGGAGAUUUCCAGCAAAGAGCUGCUGCUGUGCUUCAGCUCCAUUGGAGUGUAUGUGGACUCCCAGGGCCGCAGGUCGCGCCAACAGGAGCUGAUGUGGCCAGCUACGCCCACUGCUGCCUGCUACAAUGCUCCCUACCUGUCGGUGUAUAGCGAGAAUGCUGUGGACGUGUUUGAUGUCAACACUAUGGAAUGGAUUCAGACCAUUCCUCUCAAGAAGGUGCGACCUCUGAAUGUUGAUGGCUCUCUGAAUCUGCUGGGACUAGAGACAGUUCGGCUUAUCUACUUUAGAAACAAAAUGGCCGAGGGGGAUGAACUGGUCGUCCCGGAGACGUCAGACAACAGCAGGAAGCAGAUGGUGAAAAGCAUGAGCAACAAGAGACGGUUUUCCUUCAGGGUGCCUGAGGAGGAGCGCCUUCUGCAGAGGAGAGAAAUGCUGCGAGAUCCAGAGAUGAGGACCAAGCUGAUCUCCAACCCCACCAACUUCAACCAUGUGGCUCAUAUGGGACCAGGCGAUGGGAUCCAGAUCCUCAAAGACCUGCCCAUGAACGUCCGUGUUCAGGAAAGCCGCGCAGGCUUUAGUGGAUCAGUCAGCAUCCCCUCCAUCAACAAGAACCGUGGGGAGCCGGGCCGCUCCAUGAGCGCCAGCAGCGGACUGGGAAUACGCUCGUCCUCGCAGAACGGCAGCGCUCUGCGCAGGGAGAUGUCCGGAGGCAGCUAUGGAUCCAAACGUCAGACCAUGACCUCUCCUUCGGAAAGCUCCCUCUCCUCUGGUGGAGGCAUGGACUGUGGCGACGCGCCACUCUCGCAGUUCGACAGAGAGGUGUUAGACCCAAACGUUGGAGACAUUUAAACACAGCUCCCCUGUGGUAAACCCUCCUCCUUGCAUCCCAUCAGUCCCAUCAGUCUCAAACAUCCAGCCUGUGUGCAGGCUUCUCUCACCUCAUCCAACGUCUGUGACCCUCUGUGAUCUUGGAGUCGUAGAAGUGGAAUCGUGUUACUCUGGCCCCUCCUCUACCAGCGUUAGGAUUCCUCCCAUUCUAGUUCCAUCUACACCUGCGCCCACACAGACUCAUUGCUGUGUCCCUUUAACACUGACAUUACAAACAAAGACAUUUACCUGAUGUGACCUUGAUGUAGAAGAACUAAACAAAACCUUGAGAUCAGACAUUAGCUUAUGCAGCUCUACACUCUUCCAUCCACCCUUCCUCAAAUCCACUUACCUUUCCCUAUAUGGCUCCCUGUCUUCAUCGCCCAUAAGCCUGGACGCUGUUUUUUUUUUUGUUUUUUUUACCCCAUUCUUCACUUCCUUCCAACCUCCAUCCAGCUGUAACCCGCCCUCCCUGCCUGACCCCCCCCCCCCCCCCCCCCCCCC